UUGUAAAAGCAGUAGAAGCAACACUUGCAACAAAGCCAACCAUCCGCUCUCGUGAUGUGCCACUCACAUUCGCUGGUGACUGGGCCAAAUGGCAGCACUUCUCCUUGCUAUACGCGUCAUCACGGUGUUCUUGAUCUGCCUUCUUCUCCCCACUUCGUCGUCUUCGUCAUCGAUUUGCAUCGCGAGGACGCAGGACCAUGUGAGAACUGCGUUUCACUUCCAGCCCGCCAAGAACUGGCAGAACGAUCCGAAUGGGCCCGUGUACUACAACGGCAUGUACCACCUGUUCUACCAGUACAACCCGCACGGCGCGCUCUGGGACGUGGGCAACCUCUCCUGGGGCCACUCCGUCUCCGGCGACCUCGUGAACUGGGCGGCCCUCGGCAACGCGCUGGACCCGACGGCGCCGUUCGACGCCAACGGCUGCGCGUCAGGGUCUGUCACCAUCCUUCCGGACGGCACGCCGGGGAUCCUCUACUCCGGCAUCGACACGGACCGCCGGCAGGUCCAGAACAUCGCGUUCCCUAAGAACCCGCGCGACCCGCUCCUCCGCGAGUGGGCCAAGCCAGCCUACAACCCGGUCGUCCCGCUCCCCGCCGACGUGUCGGCGAACGACUUCCGGGACCCCACCACGGCGUGGCUGGGCCGGGACGGGCUGUGGCGGUUCGCCAUCUCCGCGGUGGCCGACGGCGUGGGCGCCACGCUCGUGUACCGCAGCGCGGACUUCCUGCGCUGGGAGCGGCGCGCCACGCCGCUGCACGCGUCGCGGGACGCCGUGAUGGCCGAGUGCCCGGACCUGUUCCCCGUGGCGACGCGCGGCGGCGCGGAGGAGGGGCUGGACACGUCGGCGAGCGGCAAGGGCGUGCGGCACGUCCUCAAGGUGAGCAUGCCGGACACGCUGGAGGACUACUACGCGGUCGGGACGUACGACGACGGGGCGGACACGUUCACGCCGGACGAGGACGGCGACUACCGCAGUUGGCGGAGGAUCGACCGCGGGCACCUGUACGCGUCCAAGACGUUCUUCGACGCGCGCAGGAGCCGGCGGGUGCUGUGGGCGUGGGUGAACGAGUCCGACAGCGAGGCCGACGACGUCGCCCGGGGCUGGUCCGGCCUCCAGUCGUUCCCGCGGGCGCUGUGGCUGGACGGCGGCGGGAAGCAGCUGGUGCAGUGGCCCGUGGAGGAGAUCGAGACGCUGAGGACGAGGCGCGCGCCGCCGCUUGAGGGUGCAGAGUUGGAGCCUGCCGGCGGGCUGCGCGAGGUCACGGGGAUCCGGAGCUCGCAGGCGGACGUUGACGUCGUGUUCGAGAUCCCGAGCCUCGGUCGCGCCGAGGGACUCGACCCCAGCCGGCUGGCUGACCCUGACGCGCUGUGCCGGGAGAAGGGCGCCUCCGUGCGAGGCGGGGUCGGCCCGUUCGGGCUGCUGGUGAUGGCCUCCGGCGACCUGCAUGAGCACACCGCCGUGUUCUUCAGGGUGUUCAGGCUCCUGCACGAGUACGCUGUUCUCAUGUGCACGGACCUCAGCAGGUCCUACACGAAGGCAGACGUGUACAAGCCAACGCAUGGAGGGUUCAUCAACGUGGACAUCGAGAAAGACAUGAGCAUAUCGUUAAGAACAUUGAUCGAUCACUCGAUCGUGGAGAGCUUCGGCGGCGGAGGGAGGACGUGCAUGACGGCCAGAGUGUACCCCGAGCACGUUGUAACAGGUAGCAGCCACCUGUACGUGUUCAACAAUGGAUCGGAUGCAGUGAAGGUGUCCAAGCUCGAGGCAUGGGAACUUGCCAGUGCGAGUGUCAAUGUCGACGAUGAUGGCGGUCUGGUUGGUUCAUCCGUGAACAUGUGCCACAGCGAGAUGUAUUAGCAUUAUAUUUAGCAGUAGCUGUUUUACAUUACAUGGCGUUGACCAAUA